AUGCGCGCGCAUCCUUGUAGUCAAGAACCUUGUUUAUGUUUACAAUCAGGUUUGAUUUACUUCUUGUUGCAUCGAAAAUUAUCUCUCGCAUUUAGCAAAAUGCAUCGAACUUGUUGUGCGGUCGGUUGUACGAACAGAAAAAUUGGAGAAAAGAAAGAUGUUCCUUUUUAUAAGAUGCCUAAAGGAUCGACACCAAUUGAGAAACGUCAAAGGCAAGAUUGGAUGACAACGAUAAGGCGGGCGGAUUGGAAAUCGUGGAGCGAGGAGAAAAUAUCAAAUGCUUUCAUUUGCGGGGAGAAUUUCAUUUCAGGUAAAAGAUCGGAGAACCCUGAUGAUCCCAACUGGAUUCCUACAAUAUUCCAGCACACAUCUGCGAGGGAUAUUGCAAAAGUUGACAACAAAAUUGCAAAACAAGCAAGGUAUGAAACACUUAAAAAGAAAAGGGGGAGAUUUCAUGUCAGUUGGAAAGUAACUGGAAGGGUGUCAUCGGAAGAAGCAAGUCCGCAUUCCGAUUCAUCAAAUGAUGGUGUCGUGCCUCCAUGUAACGAGGAAAACCAGGAAGAUGAUGAAAGUGUUUUGGCUACAUCUACCAUAGCAAGACUAACAACCAAGGCGUCUCAGCUGGAGGAAGAACUAAGGGAAAGGAAUGCAGAGGUAUACAAAUUGAGAGAAGAAAAUGAGAAACUUAAAAAAGGGAGAUUCGGUUUUGAAAAACUAAAGAAAUCAAAUAAAGAUCUAAAAUUUUUUACUGGGCUACCAACUGUAGCUGUUUUCUUAUGGGUUGUUUCUUUGGUAAGAAGCAAUUUGAAAAAGUGCAGUUCUGUCCUGUCGGAAGAGGACCAUGUUCUAAUUGUGCUGAUGAAGCUUAAGCUUGGCCUCAUGAAUGAAGACAUUGCUUAUAGAAUUGGUUGCACAAACACCAUGAUCUCAACAAAUUUUCGAACCUGGCUUCCAGGACUCUCUUCAUCCCUCAAGAACUUAAUUGUGUGGCCUAGCAAAAUAGAAAUCAAGGAAAAUCUUCCCCAGUCCUUCAGGGUAAAUAUAGAGACUGUAUCUGCAUUAUUGAUUGCAGUGAGAUAUUUAUUGAAAGACCAAAGAAUCUGA